CCAUUUUUGUCGAAGAACCACGCUGAUCGUUUGGGUGGCGACACGUCAGCUUUGUCCUCCGUUCCGUCCUCAAACAGUUUGGAAGCGCUGCAAAUGCAAAUGUUGCUACAGCAGUCACUUAUGAAUCAGACUAGUUCAUCGAAAGAUGUGCUGAGUCCGGCAGUGCUUGCCUCGUUGAUGAAUCCAUCGCUGCAGUUGCAGCAGAUGCAGUCUGCACUAACACUCGAUCCAUCGAUGCUGCUCGCCCAACCGCCGCUGGCACCACCUCCUUCUUCGGCUACUACAACCAGCACGGCGUCAUUAUCAAGCCCAAGCUUAACUGCUUCGUCGUCAACUGCUUCAAAAGCAUCACCUGCAGCUUCGGCUGCUAAAAGAGCGGCAAGUAAAGGUCGCCUGAACGCUGUUGUCGAGAAGCUCGCAUCGAAUCAGAGCUAA